ACAGAGGCGAGCGAGGUCCGUGACGUCACUCGGAGUCAGUGCAGCGUCUGCGAGCCCACGGCGACCGUGGCGAGCCCGACACGGAGCUGCCGACACGGAGCUGCCCCCGCUACAGCGACGGCUGGAGAAAGCAGACGCGCACUAUGGAUGAAGAAGAGCAGUUUGUCAACAUUGAUCUGAAUGAUGACAAUAUCUGCAGUGUCUGCAAAUUAGAGACAGAAACAGGGACCUUAUCAUUCUGCCACGUCUGCUUUGAACUCAGUAUUGAAGGCGUCUCCUCUACUACCUUGCUACACUCAAAGUCCCUGCGUGGCCACAGAGACUGCUUUGAGAAAUGUCACCUCAUAGCCAACCAGAAGCUGUCCCAUUCCAAGGUGUCCCGAAGUGCCUACGAGGGCAUGAAGCUGGCCCUCAGCCAGAAACUGAACCGCAUCAUUCAGUUUGCUCAGAACAAAGACUCGGUCUCCUCCAACAGCUGUACCAGACGAGGGGCAAAGCUCCUGUGCUACAGCCAGCAAAGUGACCGCAAGCUGCUGCCCCAGUCAGACGCACAGGUGCCCCGCUACACGCCCCGCUGGGACACGGGGAACGCAACAGAGCUGCCUGAAUACACAAUGGGGAUGCUGGAGUGCCAGACGGCAGAGGAGCUGGGGCUGCUGCAGGGAUCGCAGUCUGGUGUUUGGACUAGUGAUGGCAGGAAAGGUCUGCACAGCCGGACUCCGUCGUCAGGAGGACAGAUGCAACACAGACACCAGGGACACAGCAGAGAUGAAUUGUCUAAAAUGAGUGUGGAUGAGCUCCAUCAGCUGAAUGGCCAGCUAUUGACGCAAGUUCAAAAGGUCUUUGAGGAGCUGACGGCUGUCGUGCAGGAGAAGGACGCCCUGGCGUCGGAGCUUCACGUGCGGCACAUCGCCAUCGAGCAGCUCUUUAAGAACUGUGAAAAACUGCCAUGGUUGCAGAUCAGCAGGGCCGGGGUGAAGGCCAGCAGCAGCGGUGGCCCUGUGGAGUGAAGGGCUACGAGACGCCAGCGGGGGAACAAGCUGGACGUUCUGCAUCACAACUGGCAGAGAGUUGGAUAUGAAAGUAUUCAAGAUGCAGCAAGGCUGACCAACACCUGGACACUGGGGGACUUUGACAACACUAUCGUGACAUUGAGCCGUUGGCCCUCCAUUACAGCAGCACUAACGGCCGGGUUGAUUUAUCUUUGUGGUUGCAGUGAUGAUGCAAGAAUGUGAGGUAGCUUGCAAAUUAUUUGCUUUUCUGCUGCAUUGCUGGAUUUUCACCCAGCCCAAGUACCUAGGAUGCAUAGCACAGGUGACAGGUUUGUGGUCUUGGAAGCAAAGAGGAUCUGCAUUCAGUGGACAAAAAAAAAGGAAACUUAUUUUACAAAGACAGUUUGCAGGAUUUUAUUAAUGUAUUCGAGUUGGUUUUUUUUCUUUUGUUCUCUUUUCACUCAGAAACUCUAUUGUUUUAUAUCAUUUUUACAUUCAAUUUCUAUUUCUUUUUCCAGAAUAUGUUACACAUAAAUAUUCAAUUAUGGUUCUAAUCACUUCUCACCACUCCAUGUGUCACCUGAUCAUUAUCUGUAGAAAGUGGGGAAAACACUUUUCUUUAAGGGUAUAAAAUGAACAGCCUCCCUCAUUCAUAUGAUUGUACUGAUCUUGGAGCUGCACACUUACAAUAUUGACAUAAACAUUUUCAAUGUUUCCCUCAUAUUGUCCUGAUUGGACCCACUAGUUUUUGAAAACUGGUCCACUGAAUUAUUUUUGACUUUUAAAAUAACAUUGUUUUAAACAGCUGUGCUAUAGAAACUUGGAUAUUAUCAGUCUAUUACACAUUCUAAUUCAGGUCAUUUUAAUUAAAAAUACGACAUCUAAAAGUUACAGACGAGGUCUAAUGUGGAAAAGAGCACAGCGAUAAUACCUGAAUGUGCCCCAAAGCAUCACUGCACAUGAAGGUGUUGGAGGAUGUAGGAAGAUCCAAGUGUGCUUUUCCAAACAAAAACUGGCAGGUUAUUGUUUGUAGGGCUGGUGGAGUAUUUGGUGACUUGUACAAGGUGAUAUACAAGCAGCAGUGGAAAGAUCGGUCAUUCCACUGUCGAUGGCUGAAUAUGAUAGAGGUUCUAAAAAAACAUCAACUUCUGUUUUCAUAACGACUUUUAUUACUGGUUCAAUUUACUUGAUUGUUUUUUUUUUUCUUUUUAAAGCUGUUUAUCGUGUAGCUGUCGAGCACAAGUGAUAUGAGAGGCUUCGCACUGAAUGAGCACUGUCACGAAACUGAACUAUUAGAAAUGAAAUCAAGCUGCCAAACCAAAGUCUGUAUUUGUUCUGUAUUGCAAAUAUGUAUCAUAAGCAUUUGACAAAAGGACAGGAUGAUGCAAUUGACAAACUGAUUUUAGAGUCUAUGUGACUUAUACUAAACAAAUCUUUGCUCUGACUAAAUCAUAAAUUUGAUUUAUUUUCAGGUGUAAACUGUACACAUGUCUUUCCCAUGUCUUUGAAGAUCAGUGUUACCUUUUGUUGCCGUCUCUCCUGUUUUGACAUGCGACAGCUACGUUAAUGUCAUAGCAAUACAGACUGGGAAAAUUGGUCUAUUGUGCCUAUGGAAGUCCCUGACUUUUUGACGAAGGGAAGCAAAGACAGAUGGAGGAACCCUAUGCAAGAUACAGACUAAUAAUCAAAAGCCUUAUUGAGUAAGAAUAUUGAGUAUUUGAGUUUUGCUCAAAGGAGAUCAAAGAACUAGAUUUUUAUAAGCUGCAGAUGGGAAAGACAAGAUUGGACGUUUAGAAAAGUCAGCAUUGUCAGUGUAUUUUGCUCUCUUUGUAAGAGAUUGGUUGUAUUUGACCCUUUUUGGGGUUUGAAGAUAGGUUUUAGCUCCGUUUAAAACUUUUAAUCAUGGUUUUAUUUAGCCAAAUGUGUGCUUGGGUGAGAAUAUUUAGAUUGUUGGUCCUUCAAACAAAUUUUCAGUCAUUAAAAUCUUCAGUUGUACUUCUCUUUUACAUUUUAGUUGUAAUGAAUGCUGUGUAUUGUUGUAUGCUGUUCAAACAUGCCCGGGCCUGCUGUUCUGCUCAGCAGUAAAAGCAGACUGGUUUGGUUGCGAGUAUACCUGUGUUACACUUCUGCCUGAGUUCACACUUGACUUUCCUUUUCUAAUUUUGAACAUGACUGUAUUUGCGUUGUUUGAUGUUUUACAUUAUAUUUAUUGUGUGUUGACUGAUCUUAUAUUGGUUAUGUGACUUGUGCUUAAGUGGCUUUUGUUUUUCAAUCAUUUUUUUUUUUUUUUUUUUUUUUUACAUUUUCUGACAUACUGUUACUUCCCUGAUCUUGGCCUUACCAAUCAAGGAAGAUGGUAGUUUGGUAAACCUGGUGUGUAACAGACAGUAAAGGAAGGUGGUUUACAAAAAUAAAAG